CCUGCCGGGAAGAGGCUUGGUGUCCCCCACGAUGGCGGCCGUGCUAUCGCUGCGAGUGUUGGGCCGGCGGCUGGGUCUCAGCGCUCCAGUGUGCAGGACGUUCUGGGGCGGCCUGAGGAAGAAGGAAAAAGAAGUACAAUCAGACAAAAUAAUUCAUGAAGAGAAAAGUGAACCCAGCUUGAUCUGUCCCCCACCACGCAGCAGAAGCUAUGUUCCUCCGGAGGAUAUACAGAACUAUCUUGAGUCUCGUGUCAAGGCAAUUUUUGGACCCUCACUUCCUGAUAAUUGGCAGCAGACACCCCUCAAAGAAAACAGGUUAAAGUUUCUCCUUUUGGCUCAGCUAGCAGAAGAACUUGAUCAUAUUGUCCCCAAUUCACAACUCCAUCUGAUGCGCACUGCUGAGGAUGUAUUAAAAUUCUACAGCACUCCUGUAAAGGAUAUGUCCAAAUUUGAUGAACUGUGUGCAGCAGAGUUACCCCCAAACCUGAAGAUCGUCUGGGAGCAGUGAGUUGCACCACAGAGCAUUGCAUUGCUCUGAUUAUGUUCCUGAGGCAGGACUGCAGAGCAGAAGCAGAGCCCUUUCACUGCAGUAGCAGCUGAGAAUGUGAAUAUCCCUAAUAAAGGUUCAUUUAGUUGUC